AAUUUCAAUCAAACUUGACAGACAAGGAAAUUAUGCGCUCCGCUAUGUUCACAAAUGUAUUUGAAUUAUUCAUUUCUUUGUCUUCUUUAUUAACAGUUUAUUUUCAGGAAAAGUCGCUGUUAUCAUGAGUUGCAGUCCGGUUGGCAGAAAUCUUGAAUGUUUAUGUUUAAUUGAUCAUCCACCUGCUGACUCCAUGCUGGAGAACUUUGCUACUUUGUAAUGGUGUUUUACUACUUCUGACGAAUCAACAUUUUGUGGUGUUUAUUCUCUUUGAAAUAUAAAGUUUUCUAUCGUCAAUAAAACAAUCAUCGUCUUUUAAUGGUCGGAAUCGAAGGAUUAUAUCAAUAUAGUGAAGUUAUAGCAGAAUAAUGGCAGGUAUUACUAUAUUAUUUCUUUUUCUUCUGUCAAUUUACUGCCUCUAUUGAGCACCUGUUAAAUAUAGUACAAUAAGUUUAUUCCAUUCAAGACUCAGAUACUAAAAAAAUAAAGAAUGAUUUACAACUAAGAGUCGAGUCUGAAUUUUGCAAGCUUCUAAAGACUGGUUUACACCAUCGAAAUUUCUGUGAUCACAGUAGGAAUUUUGCAUGGGUAAAUUCUAAAUUUUGAAGGAUUUGUAAGAAAUAUUUGAGGAAACUGACUCCCUGUUUAACACUGAAUCAGUUCCCUCAAUCCUUCAAAACAUAGAAUUUACCUUUACAAAAUUCCUACUGUGAUCACAGAAACUUUGAUAGUGCAAACCAGGCGCCAAAGUCUUAUUAACGUCCGGUUCUCCCGUUUGUCUUUGGUCGAGACACGAUAGGUUCGUUGUUUCCAUCAAAUUUGUUUGAAGAAUGGAAGUAUUUUUGUAAUGUUAUUAAUUUUUCCUAACAUACAAACGACAUAAUUACAUAACACACAUACAGAAUGCUGGGCAACUACAACAGACCGAAUAAAGUGGACCCUCUGGAGUGUAAUAAUUCUCAGCUCACUACUAGUAUAUAGACUUGUCGUUAAUGUAAAACAUGUUAGAUAAAUAUAAACAUCACAUAAGUCAAAGAUGAAAUGAGUUGCAUUUUGUAAAAAACCACUACGUUUCUUCGUAUAUUUAAUUUCAUUUAUAGCUAUGCAAACCUGAACUAAACCUAAACUUAAACUAAAACACGAAUUCUUCUAUUUUAGUUCCAAUUCCAGUAAUAGCUGGCGUCGCUGCAGUGGUUUUAAUAAUAAUUCUGUUGAUAAUCUUCAAGAUUCUACGCAAGAGGAAGCAAUCUGCUUCGGAAGAGGCUGGCAAAGGAGAAUAUCAAAAACUUGAAAGUGGCGAGCGUGGAAGCGAGGCUGGCCUUGAGGAAGGGAAUGAAAUAGUUGAAAAUGAAAGCGGAGGAAAAGGGAAGAAGAAAAAGCGAAAGAAAGGUGGGAAAUCGAAAGGAAAGAGUAAACGGAAAGAAAGCCGGGAUUUAGAAAGUGAAGAGGGAGCAGGACUCAAUGAUUCUAGCGCUUUCACUGAGGACUUAGCAAUUCCUUUGAUAAGUAGACUUCAGUUUUCUAUAUCAUACAGUCCUACAAGUAGACAAAUACUACUAACUAUCCAUCGCGGAGAAAACCUUGACUCAGGUUCAGCAGCGAGUUUCGAAGUACGUGUGACACUCCUGCCGUCCAAACGGCAAAAACUCAAAACAAAAUCUCAACCGUCUGGAAGUCCAGAAUUUAAUGAACUGCUAAUGUUUAAUGAAGUGUUUCCAGAGGAUCUUGAACUGGCCACGUUACGUGCCAGGGUUUAUAGACUCACUGGUCGACAGAGAAAGUUGAUUGGGGAAGUAAGAGCAGACCUAAAGGCGGAUUUAGGCCUGGACACUAGUUAUGUUGAUCAGCUUUGGCGGGAGUUGACGCCAGCUGCAGAUAUAGCGGUAAGAUUAUUGAAUGACUUGUUGUUUGAUUGACUAGCUUCAUUAUUCAAGAAGUUCACACUGAGUCUCAUUUCUAGGAUGAUAUCUCAGACACGCAGUUCGUGAUAGAUCCUGAAAGUGUUCUUGCUGCUCCUAAAGAGACCGUGCCAAUGCUACUGAUAUCUCUUCAAUAUAAAACUGUCACUGGGAGACUUACUGUAGAGAUUAUCAAAGCAAGGCACAUGAAAACACUGAAUGUACAAAAAGCGCCAGGUAUGGACGUUGUGGAAUGAUUAUAUGUUGAAUAUACACGCGUUAAAACGCACAAGUUGUAACAAACCUGCAGCAAUGCUGUUCCAACAACUUGUUAACAGGAUGUGUUGACAGUGCUUGUACCCUGCAGCUUGUUGACAAGUUGUCAACGGCUUGUUGGCAACUUGCUACAAGGUUGUUGAGCUCAACAGACUUGUUACAAGUUGUUCCAACAACUCGUUAUUGUCCUGCAAUUCAAGUUGUUAACAAAUUGUGAGUGACAAUCUUUUAGCAACUUGAUAAAAUAACAACAUUUUUACAACUUGUUGACAAGCUUGCUACACUAGGUAUAGUGCAGCUUGGGGGCCUAUCACAAUACAUUGUUUUUCUUUUUCACUUAUUAAAACAUGUUUUAUCAUUUUACCAGAGGCGUUUGUUGAAGUCUCCCUGCUCAAUGCUAAUGGCGGUGAAAUUUCGAAUCAGAAGACAGGUGUUUGCAAGGGAUCGUUUCAUCCGGCGUUUGAAGAAACUUUCUACUUUCCUGCGAUAGAAUUUGAUCUUACCGGCUUGACCUUGGUAUUCUCUGUAUAUUGUAAGAAAUUUCGUAAGAAAGAGCUGAUUGGUUGGUUUGGUAUUGGCCGUGAGAGCACUGGGGAGAAAGAACAGUUACAUUGGGAUGAAAUGAUUGACGCGCGCGGUGAGCCAAUCAAAGGUUGGUAUGUCUUGAGUCAAGAAUAG